GCUUUGUUGAUGGUUGCGUAUCCGUAGCCAGCGGACAGCCAUUCCUCCUCCGUCCUCUCUAGUCUCUCUCCCUGCUGCAUCCCAAGGAACCUACUCCCCGAAGAUGGCCAUGGCGGCCCACGCCUGCCUUCUUCCUCCCAAGCGCCGACGCGACGCUGCUGCUGCUGUUUCCGCGGCGGGGUCGGCUUCUUCUUCGGCGGCGGCGCCGAUCGACGAGCUGGCGGACGAGCUCCUCUUCCUGGUGCUGGACAAGGUGGCGGCGGCCGACCCGUGGGCGCUCAAGGCCUUCGCGCUCGCCUCCCGCGCCUGCCGCGCCGCGGAGUCGCGCCACCGCCGCGUGCUGCGCCCGUACCCCCACCGCGCCGGGGCCCUCCACCUCCGCUCCGCCCUCUCCCGCUACCCGUCCGCAUCCCGCCUCGACCUCACGCUCUGCCCGCGGGUCCCCGACGCCGCCCUCGCCGCCCUGUCCCCCUCCUCCACCCCCUCCCUCCGCGCCGUCGACCUCUCCCGCUCCAGGGGCUUCGGCGCGCGGGGCCUGCGCGCCCUCGUCGACGCCUGCCCGGCGCUCUCCAACCUCGACCUCUCCAAUGGCGUCGGCCUCGGGGACGCCGCGGCCGCCGAGGUGGCGCGCGCGCGCGGGCUCGCCAGGCUCUCCCUCGCGCGGUGCAAGCCGGUCACCGACAUGGGGCUCGGCUGCGUCGCCGUCGGCUGCCCCGGCCUCCGGGACCUCUCCCUCAACUGGUGCCUCGGGAUCACGGACAUGGGGGUCCAGCUACUCGCCCUCAAGUGCAAGAAACUCACCGCCCUGCAUCUAUCCUACACCUUGAUCUCAAAAGACUGCUUGCCAGCCAUCAUGAAGCUACCCAGUCUUGAGGUGUUGUCACUGGUGGGAUGUGUUGGAAUUGAUGAUGAUGCCCUUGCUAGUCUUGAGAAAGAAUGCACCAAAUCACUACAGGUUCUUGAUAUGUCAAACUGCCAGAAUGUCACUGAUGUCGGAGUUUCAUCAGUAGUGAAGGCAAUGCCAAAUCUGUUGGAGCUGAAUCUGUCAUACUGCUGCAAUGUUACUCCUUCUAUGGGAAGAUGCUUCCAAACGAUUCCUAAAUUGCAGACCCUGAAAUUGGAUGGCUGCAAAUUCUUGGCCGAUGGGCUAAAAUCAAUUGGAUUUUCUUGUCUUUCUUUAAGGGAGCUCAGCCUGAGCAAGUGCUCUGGAGUGACAGAUACUGACCUUUCUUUCGUUGUGUCGAGACUGAAGAAUUUGCUGAAGCUGGACAUUACUUGCAAUCGCAAUAUAACUGAUGUUUCAUUAUCUGCCAUCACUAGCUCAUGCCCUUGCCUCAUCUCUCUGAGGAUGGAGUCUUGUACCCAUGUUUCUAGUGAAGGGCUCCGAUUGAUUGGGAAGCGCUGUUGCCAUUUGGAAGAGCUGGAUAUUACUGACAGUGAUUUGGACGAUGAAGGAUUGAAAGCUCUCUCAAGAUGCAGCAAACUUACAAGUUUGAAAAUUGGCAUAUGCAUGAGGAUAAGUGAUGAAGGCCUUAUCCACAUUGGGAAGUCUUGCUCGGAGCUUCGAGAUAUUGAUCUCUACAGGUCUGACGGCAUUGGUGAUGAGGGGGUUACUCAAAUUGCUCAAGGCUGUCCAAUGCUAGAGUCUAUCAACCUGUCCUACUGCACAGAAAUAACAGACCUUUCGCUGGUGUCGCUCUCAAAAUGCGCAAAGCUGAACACACUGGAGAUCCGUGGUUGUCCCAGUGUUUCAUUCUCUGGGCUCGCAGAAAUAGCUACUGGAUGCAGGUUACUGUCCAAGCUUGAUAUCAAGAAAUGCUUUGCGAUCAAUGAUGUGGGGAUGCUUUUCCUUUCCCAGUUCUCUCAUAGCCUCCGUCAGAUAAAUUUGUCAUAUUGUUCGGUCACCGACAUUGGACUCCUGUCCCUCUCCAGCAUCUGUGGGCUGCAGAACAUGACCAUCGUACACCUGGCGGGUGUCACACCCAAUGGCUUGAUGGCUGCUCUUAUGGUCUCUGGUGGUUUGACAAAGGUGAAGCUUCAUGCUGCGUUCAGGUCCAUGAUGCCUCCCCAUAUGGUCAAAGUUGUCGAGGCUCGUGGCUGUGUUUUCCAGUGGAUCGAUAAACCAUUCCAGGUCGAGCAAGAACGGUGCGACAUAUGGAAACAGCAGUCUCAAGACGUGCUGGUACGAUGAGGCAAUGCUUGCGACGUCCCUGCUAGUCACGAUCAGCUGUUGGUGCCUCUUGGUUGUCAUCCCCUGCUACAACAAUGGUCUAGAAAAAUGGUGCAUCUCAACCGGCACUGCUGGCACGAGCAGAGUGUGCCGAUACAAUACUUUGCUAGAACAAUGUUGCAUUCAGUUUUUGUAUGUGCAUUCUCUUAAUUUUUCGGUAGAAUGGGAGGUUCUUCUGUUGUGCUGUAUAGUUUACUGGAGUGUAUAGCAGAGAGAUGAAUGGAAGAGAGAUUACUGGGGUCCCACUUUGUACAGAAACCUAUUGUGAUCGGUAUGAAUGGUGCAUGCACAGUUUGAUUACUAGUUCACUUGGGAAA